AGCCUGGGCUGCUAAAAUGCUCCAGCCUCAAAGGGACGAUGGUGGAGGGCUGGUAAAGAUGGCGGCGCUCUCCGAGGAUGGGAGGUACGGAUUAAAUUGUGGCCAAGAGAGCGCAGAUAGAGUCACCGUAUUACACGUCAAAUUGACCGAGACAGCGCUGAGAGCAAUAGAGAGCUACCAAAAUUGUAUGAAUGUACCUUCUUUGCAGCCAACAAUACAAUUCAAGGGACUCCAAGGGCGCGUUAAAAUUCCCAAGACUGAUUCCUCCUCCGACACCUUCCACAGUUUUGAUUUCUACCUGUCUAAUGUGGGCAAGGACAACCCUCAGGGAAGCUUUGAGUGCAUCCAUCAGUAUGUGUCAAGCUCAGGGGCCUCACACCUGGCAUUGUUGGCGACCGUACAGGACAAGGUCACAGUGUGUGCCACUAAUGACUCCUACCAGGUGACCCGGGAACGCAUGACCCAGGCCGUGGAGGACACACGUGAACGUGGGACCAAAGUCAUCAAGCCUGGGGGCCAGUACAGAGGAAAGCAAGUCCAUAUCCGUAAGCCGGCGCUAUCAGCCCCAGAUGUGGUCCCAGAGCGCAAGCGCUCCACACCCAUCAACCCAGCCAACACUAUUCGUAAGUGCCUUUCCAAUAACCCUGUGUCCCAGCGGCCGUUCCGGGACCGCAUCAUCCACCUGAUGGCACUGAGGUCCUACAAGAAGCUGGAAGUGCUUGCCCGUUUGCAACGGGAUGGUAUUAACCAGAAGGACAGAAACUCAUUGGGGACCACCCUGCAACAGGUGGCAAACCUGAACCCCAAAGACAACACAUAUUCCUUGAAGGACUUUAUUUAUCGUGAUGUCCAGCGAGACUGGCCUGGCUACUCUGAAGAUGAAAAGUCCCAGGUUGACCGGAUCCUGGCUCGCAAAUCGGGGCUUCCUACUGAGACCCUCUCAUCAAGCAGUCCUCCCAAAGACAGUGUCCCCACAUCCCCCCAGAAGCGCCAGUCAGACUUUGACUUCAUUGAUCCUUUGGCACCCAAGAAAGCCCGCAUCUCCCACCUCAGCAAUCGAGGGCCAGCCGCGUCUUCAUCCUCCUCCUCUGACCGCCGUGAGGACGAAGGCAGCCCCAGCUCUAAACACUCGUCCCUACCUUCCAAUGUCACCUCUGGCCCUCCCACUCAUCUCCCCAUCUCGUCCCACCCCCCUGCACCCUCUCACCAGCAGCCCAGCCCAGCCUCCAACUCCAACUCACCCAGCACCCCGGAGGGCUGUGGCACCCAGGACCUGCCUAUGGACCAGAGUUCCUCCUGCAGAGACCCUUCACCCAGCCCCUUCUCCUCCGAUAGGACCCUGCAGGACCGCUAUCGACACCCUGUCCCCGUCCCAAGACCAGCCGCCUCCCCCAGCCCUCCUCUUCCCCCUGCCCCUCCUCCUUGCACCUCACUCACAGUUACCUCCACUGUCAUCACCAGCCCCCCCUUGUCCAGCAGUACCAACAAGAAGUUUAAAAAGAAAUCCAAGAAGCACAAAGAUAAGGAUCGAGAGAGGGAUAAAGGGAAACGGACAGAAAAAGGUAGCAGAAGUCCUCCCAGUGUAGCAGAGCAAGCUGAAGAAACUCGUAGAGCCAAAAAGAAGCGAAGUGCUGAGGAGGAGAGCAGAGACGUUAUCAACAAGAAUCCUCACAAAGAUCAAGACUCAUCAGAAAAAGAGAAGCCAGUUCAAUCCACUGAAUUCUCCUCCACAAUUGAGAUGCCUGACUAUGUAGUGAAAUACAUGCCCAUGGUGUCCAUGGACCAGCGGCAAAGCUACAAGAAUGACUUCAACGCCGAGUACGAUGAGUAUCGCCUGCUACAUGCCCGUGUGGAGAACAUCACCCGCCGCUUUACCCAGCUGGAUGCCAAGUGCCGGAAGCUGGCACCUGGCACCAAAGAAUACCAGAAGGUGCAAGAAGAAGUCUUGAAAGAGUACAAAAAGAUGAAACAACACAGCCCCAACUACCACGAGGAGAAACAGCGCUGCGAGUACCUGCACAACAAGUUGGCCCACAUCAAGCGGCUAAUAGCUGAUUUUGACCAGCGCAGAGCCCAGGCCUGGAGCUGAGAUCACAGCACACAUCAUCUUCACUAAUCAGUAUUGAGAAAAGGAGUGUCGAACCAGGAGAGGGUGUCUAACUGGCUGUUAUUUAUUAACACCCCUUCAGUUACUGCCUCCACAACAGCCCCUCCCCCACCACCUGUCUUCCUUCCCUUUUUCCUUUCUCAUCGUCCUUUUUCAUUCCUUGCUUCUUUUCCAAUCUUUGAUUCCACUGGCAUCAUUGUUGCCUGCAAUCUUAAUAAUCUUACUUUGACUAUACCCCCAUCUUUUGCUUUCUCCGUUUCUUCUCAAUGAGCUCCUGUGGAAUUUCAUACCACUGGACCAGUGGAAGGGGCUACCUGCAUGUGUGAAGGGGUUUGGGGAAAAUCUUCAACGCUUCUAACUUUUGAAGGACUUUAUCUUCAGGCAAAAAAAAAGAACAAAAGUAUUUUUGAGUAUCAGAGAAAAUAUUAACUUGUAUUUAAGUAAAAAAAAAAAAAGAGGGAGAUCUAUUUAUUUUGGGACUCGCAG